CCAGCUCGCUGCCGCCUGAGGGGACGCUGCCCCGGGCCCGGCGGCCUCCUGGGCAAGGCCUCGCGUUGCCGAGACGGGCCCUGCGGCCCCGGGUGUCCGGGCAAAACAUGGAAACCAUGUGGUGUCUAGCUUACUAGUCAACUGCCUAGAGUUAUCCUUUACCCCAAAUACUUGGAGUUUUAAAACUGAUAUCAAAAACAGAACCACCAUCUUUUAAGCUCUGUGAACUGAACUUAAACACUGACCAUGUCUAUUAUGGACCAUAGCCCCACCACUGGAGUGGUGACUGUCAUUGUUAUUUUGAUUGCUAUUGCAGCCCUAGGUGCCUUGAUACUGGGCUGUUGGUGUUAUCUGCGCCUGCAGAGGAUCAGCCAGUCUGAGGAUGAAGAGAGUAUUGUGGGAGAAGGAGAAACCAAAGAGCCUUUUCUUUUGGUACAGUACUCUGCUAAAGGACCUUGUGUUGAGAGGAAAGCUAAGCUGACUCCUAAUGGCACAGAAGUUCAUAGCUAACUUAAAGCAGCAUAAUGUGUAUCUGGAUUACAUCUGAGAUAUGUGUAACCAGCAGAAAUGAUACUGUGAAGGACUUAAACAUACACAUGCUGUUCUCUUCAGCAAACACCUUCUUGAGAUGCAGCAUGUGAUACAGCUUUGUUGGUUUGCAACUGCAUGCACUGAGAUAUUAUACUUUGCAUCAAUCCUGUACUUCAACUGCUUGGCUCUAGGAGCAGACUUCCCUGCUGUAAAGUCCAUUGCCGGCAAUGGACACACAGGGAUAUGCUGGCAAGAAGAAGUUAAUGGCGUUUUUGUUACUUGAAUGUUUAGCUGAGCCUAUUGAUUGAGCUACUACUGUAAUGUGAACUACUUGAAACUGUGAACUGUAAAUAGGCUGCCAGGAGUUUUGCUCUAUGUUCCACAGACAUGGAAGUGGUAUGAAGUAAACCCAAGUAGUACACACUUGGACUUCUGAGCCACGUCAGUAUAGAUGGGACUCCAGACCUUCAAAACCAAAUCUGCAGUUAAAGCUCGUUUCUACAAUGAAGUUCUUGAGUGCAGAGCCAUAAAGACAGAACUGUGUCUGGUUUGGGUUUUGCUGUGUUUUGUUUUUUAAACAGCUUAUGGGACUGAUGCAGAACACUUUCCUUGAAUGCAGGCAUGUCAUUUCCUUAGGGUGUCUAGGCAGAAAGCACAGGAACUACAAGGAAAAAAAUGUACCUUUUUUCUUUAGGUAGAUUAAGCUACUAGCUGCUAAUACUGUGAGUGCUCUUAACUAUGUAGCUACUGCAAGGAAGCUGCCAUAUUAACCAAUUCCAUCCAAUCUGGGAACUAAUGAUGGUUACUUAACUUCAUGGAUGGUCCAGAAGGUUUCCAGAAAAGUUAACAUGGCAGCAGAGCAGAUCUUUCCCUUCUGUGAGUAAGCAUGUUAACAUUGCAGAAGUGGUUCUUUUUCACUAAAACUGGCAUAAAUGUAACUAGUCUGACUUUUCCUGUAACCACUGUUUAUACGUGUACCUAGCACUGGGGGCAUAUGUAAACGUGAAGAAACAGCCUGUUGUAUAAGCCCUUUAGUCUAACAUAAAACUGUUAACUGUAGACUACAUAACAUAUUUUGUAGAUAAUUUUGUUUAAUGUCACUGUAGGACAAGUGAAGUCUGUCCUGUAACAACUAAACUUUGUGGGUGGGAGGGAAGGUUUUGGAUGGGUUUAAGUGGGGGGGCGGGAGGGAAGCAGGGGUCUUCCUCAAGUCUGUGGCAGGUUGAAGUAUGGUUUUUAAAUAGGAGGGCCUUCCUAUUUCCUACUUUCCCUUGAGGUUAACAAAACUGGUAACAGAUGCCUGACCUACAGAAUUAUAGACAGUAAGUGAGGUUCUAAACCACCAUCAAAAGAUGGCUAAAAUGUUCCACAAAUUGUAUGUAGACAGAGUGUUGAAAUAACCCUAUAAGUAGAUAAUUCCCCAGCUCUUUGCAGACACAGUUCAUACACCAUUUUGAGGUAUUUAAUUAAAUGCUUCAACUGUAUUUGCCAGUCAGGCUAGUUCUGAGAUGCAUAGUGAAGGAUUCUGUUUUGGGGACAAGUUGUUGGUGCAAAAACUCAGCAUUUCCCAGUGGUGGAGGAAGUUGCAGACUACAUACCAAUAAGUAACAGCUGCACAUCUCUGAUAAUUACAAAACUCUUUUUGGUAGGGUAGGGCUUAAGCCAACUAUUCCAGAGAUUGAUUUGAUAAGAUUGUUUAGCCCUGUUCCCAUUCUUAAUUGUGCGUGCACAGACUGAGCUGACGCUGAAAAAAAUGAGAAUGCUCUUUUCGCUGCAAAGGCUAGCUAGCAAGAACUAGCUCAAGGAAGUUCAGUGUUCCUGGACUGGAAGCUCUCCCAGUAGCCUCCAGCGCAGGGGUGGAACACAACUGCCCGGAAAGAGGGAAGAUGUCUUCAUACCCUUUGCUCCAAAGCUGCUGGCUUUCGUUUUAAAUCUCCAGAUUCUAAAUUGUUUGAGACAGUCAGUUAAACUCAACUUGUUUUUAGCAUCUCAACACAACCCAAACUAAAUUCUGAGCGGAAAAGGGAAGGGACGAGUAAACAAAGAAACGUUUAAGCAGCUAAGAUGAGAUCAAAUAUUUCUCCCUUUUUGUCCCUUUUCUCCAUGUUGACUUCCAUGAAACCUUGUUCUUUAACACUGUCAGAGGCUAAUUGUGGAACACACAAGUGAGAUACAGUGCUGCUGAAAUAGUGGAAUAGGAAUGAUGGACUAUUUUAACCACUUAGUUGCUUUUCAUUCAAGUUUACUAAAUACACAGAUUCAGCAUUUCCAAUCAACUCUGCAAACAAAGGAAAAUGCAGUGGAGACAGAGUUUCCAAACUUCCUUAGAAAAGUAUAAAUGAAUUCUUCCUCUAGAUGUGGGAGGAAGUCAGUGCAAAAAACAAAUUGGUCCUUAACAGGAGGUGCUUCACACUGCUGCCUCAAGAAAUUAGCAUUAAAUUAAGUGACACUGAGAAGAACUAUCCAAUUAGUGCAAUAGUAAAGUGCAAAGAGCAUUUCAAAUACUGUUCUCAGUUUAAGAGGGUUCGAGACAUGGGUGUCUUAAAUUCUUUAAAGCAUUACAAAAAUAUUCCAUUUUGAUUUUUCUAGACCAUUGGGGAAUCUUUAUUUACAAUAAAUUUCAAUAAAAUUUGCAUAAAUACCGUC